AUGCCCCAGACCUGCGCCAAAGCCCCGGACAUGGCGGAGCUGGUGAGCAGCCAGGGCUGGAUGGACGAAAUGCCGGGAGCCAAGGCCGAGCUGAAGGACGGGGACCCCAGGACAGCGCAAUUCGGGCUGGCACCGGCCCUGGCCCAGGAGCGCGACAGCGCCGAGGAGGAGGAGGAGGAGGAGGAGGAAGAGGACGGCGAGAAGCCCAAGAGGAGGGGCCCGAAGAAGAAGAAGAUGACCAAGGCGCGGCUGGAGCGGUUCCGGGCGCGGAGGGUCAAAGCCAACGCCCGCGAGCGAACGAGGAUGCACGGGCUGAACGACGCCCUGGACAACCUGCGGCGGGUGAUGCCCUGCUACUCCAAAACGCAGAAACUCUCCAAGAUCGAGACGCUGCGCCUGGCCCGCAACUACAUCUGGGCCCUGUCCGAGGUGCUGGAGAGCGGCCAGACGCCCGAGGGGAAGAGUUUCGUGGAGAUGCUGUGCAAGGGGCUGUCGCAGCCCACCAGUAACCUGGUGGCCGGCUGCCUGCAGCUGGGCCCGCAGCCGCUCUUCAUSGACAAGCACGACGAGAAAGCUCCGGCCUGCGAGGCGGCCCUGGCCGGCCACUCCUUUGGCUACCAAGGGCUACCGAGCCCCCCGUACGGCUCCAUGGAGUCCCACCUGCUGCACCUGAAGCCGCCGGCCUUCAAGAGCCUGGUGGACGCGUCGUUCGGGAGCCACCCCUCUGACUGCUCCACUCCCCCCUACGAGGGGCCGCUGACCCCUCCCCUGAGCAUCAGCGGCAAUUUCUCGCUGAAGCAGGACGGCUCCCCGGAGCUGGAGAAACCCUACCCCUUCAUGGCUCACUACCCGGCGGUCAGCCUGGCCGGGGCGCACGGACACGGCUCGCACUUCCCGAGCUCCGUGCCCCGCUACGAGAUCCCGCUGGACGUGGGCUACGAGUCCUUCCCUGCGCACGUGGCGGGGCCGCAGCUCGGGGCCAUCUUCAACGAGUAA